AGUACAAUAUAUUUUUCCAAGAGUAAAAAUAAGUAAAAGACGUAUGUGAAAUGUUAACAUCAUGACAUUAAAGAAAAAGAAAAAGAAAUUAGUCUCUUUCAGUCUGUUAUCAUCCCUUUUGGGUCAAAAUAUGAAAUUUUUUUGGAACUCCUUGGAAAAAAUUGAAAUAUGUAAAUGCUUUUGGUAUAUGAAGUAUUUCCUAAAAUCUUAUACGAGUACUCCAUAGUUUGUCAAAAUAUACCUUUUGACUAAUACGAGUAAGAAAAUGGGAAUAUCUCUUUGAUGCGAGUAAUAUUUAAUUUUUUAAUUUUCUUUUUGGUAAUGUUAUAUCAUUGAAAUAUCAAAUAUAAUUAGAGUAAGGGUUUGUUUACUUCAACUUAAUUUCAAUUUAUUUCACUUCAGUUCAGCUAUAAUUAGUUAUGUUCAGUUCCUAAUUUUCUUCUCUCAUAAAAUAUUCAGCUCCAAUCAAUUCACAUUAGCUCAAAUCAGUUAAGUUUAGAUAAAUUCAGUAAAUCAGAGCAAACCCUAAUUACGGACUUACGAGCAUUUAAUUAAACUCUUUAAAUCUUUAAUCAUGAUUAGAUUUUUAACAUUUAAAAAAAAAUAAAAAUAAACCACCCCCUCAACCACCAACCAGCCAGCCGCCGACACGCCCAGCCCCUCCAUUUCGUACUCUCCAGUGACUCCUUCAACAUAUCUAUGGUUGAUUUCGACGAUUUCUCAGGUAGAACUUCGCCGAAAUUAGAUUUCAAGCUUGUCAAAGAAGCUAGCAUGGUCUUGAACUCUUGACUAAGUUUCCGGUGACCUCUGCGACGGUGGAGUCGUCGGCGGCGAUAAUAAGGUUGAAUGCAAAUCGGUGUAAGAGGGAGUUGUUUGUUUUUAGGGGAGUGGGGAGGGGAUGGGUUUUAUUUUAAGAAAAUCAUUUAUAAUUUAAUCGUUAAAAAAAAAAAAAAACUAUAGUUAAAAUUUAAUAAUUUUUUUUAUUAUUUAUAUUCAUAUCAUUCAACAAAAAUUAAAUAUUAAUUAAGAUUUAUAUCAGGGAAAUAAUGCGGUUUGGGAUAAUCGUCCGAGCCUAAAACUACUUACUAUACUUAAAAAUUAUUAUUUUAAAAAUAUAGUGUAAGAGUGCAUACUAUUCUUGCUUAACUACAAUGAUACUUUUCAUGUUUAUAUCUGAAAUAUUUUGAAUGGUUUAGCGUUUUAAUAUUGUUGGAUAAAGAUCAAUGCCUAUAUUUUGUGAUUUUUUCUACCCUUUACCUCUAUUAAUAUAUGGUCAUCUAAUUUUGAAUUUUCUAGUGGAAGUUGUAACCAAGAAUAUAAAAUAAAAAUAUGGCCCCUUAUUAUUUUAUUUUUCCUCUAUCAAUCUGUCCUGUUAUUUGCAGAUAUAAUUUUUUUUGGUUACGUGACAAAUAACCAAGUAUCAUUAGUUCAUCACCCUUGGUGGCUCUCUAUGCAACGCCUUCCUUCAAUUCCUUAAUGUUCCUACUAAUAAAACUUAAUUUCAAAUACAAUGGCAGUGAUGAAAGUGAGGAUGUUAUACAACGUAUAGCUCUACAAGUCUGGAGUGAGUUAAAGAACACUCCAGAGUAUGUGGUGAAACUUGCAGUUGGGUUGGAUUCUCGUGUUGACAAAGUGAUUGAAACGUUAGAUCUUCGCUCACAGGGUGUUCGGUUUUUGGGAAUCCAUGGAACGCCAGGAAUAGGCAAAACAACAUUGGCUAAGGCGGUCUUCAAUAAACUCGUCGUAAAGUUUAAGCAUCGCUGCUAUGUUUCCAAUGUCAGAGAACAACUAUGUACUAAAGAGGGUCUUAUGGGUGUUCAAGACAAACUCAUAAGUGAUCUUUCCUUAAAAACAAUGUUACCUGUGAAAGAAGACAAUGUUGUGAAUAGACAAAAGAUCAAGAUGAUAAUUAAUGUGAACCGAGUCCUGGUUGUGUUGGAUGAUGUCUCUGAAGCAGGCCAGCUUGAAAAACUUGGCAUUGUAAGAGAAUGGUUUGUAGACGAGAGCAGGAUAAUUGUUACAAGUAGAAAUGUGAACGUGUUACAUGAUUUUGCUCUUAAUGAUCGUGAACUAUAUGAAGCAGAGGAGCUUGAUCCAGGGGAAUCACUUGAACUUUUUAGCAUACAUGCUUUAGGAAGAACGGAUCCUACACAAGAGUUUCGAGAUGUUUCUGAGAGGAUUGUUUCUCUAACGGGUGGACUUCCUUUGGCGUUAGAGGUGUUUGGUUCUUCCUUGGUUAAGAAGACAAAAAAGGAGUGGGAGGAUGCUUUAAUGAAAUUAAAAACAUUUCGACCAUCUAAUCUUCAGCAGGUGUUGAAAUUCAGCUAUGAUGGGCUAGAUGACCAAGAGAAAACCGUAUUUCUUGACCUUUCGUGUUUAUUAAUUCAAAUGAACCUAAAACGAGAGGAUGUUGUAGAUAUAUUAGAAGGUUGUGGCUUAAGGGCUGAGUUAGCAAUAGGUAACCUUGUUACAAAAUCACUCUUGAAGAUAACAAAAGAUAAGGAGCUGUGGAUGCAUGAUCAAAUUCGGGACAUGGGAAGGCAAAUAGUCAUAGAGGAAAGCUUUCAAGAUACUGGAGAGCGUAGCAGACUGUGGGACUAUGAGGAGAUAAUGCAUGUCUUGCGCCAUGAAAAUGUAACAGAUGCAGUACGGGGAAUUGUUCUGGACAUAGAAAAGCCUCCUCUAUGCUCCCUUGUUAUAAAGAGUUAUUGGAACAACUUCAAAAGGAAUCCUGGUAUCAGUACUUUUGUCAGGUACGUUAAAGAAAAAUUCAAGGGACUACUUUCACAGCAUCUAACAGAUGAGGAUCAAAAACCUGCUCUUCAAACAAUUUGGUUUAAGAAGAUGGUACAUCUGAAACUGCUUCAAAUAAAUUACGCAAACUUGCAAGGAAACUUCAAAUAUAUGUCCUCUGAGCUGAGGUGGCUGCAAUGGAAAGGAUGCUCUCAAAAGACAUUUCCUGCUACUAUGCCAGAGCAAAUUCGUGUGCUUGAUCUUUCGGAAAGCAGAAUAGAACAUUUGUGGUACUCAGAUCAGGCAUGUUGGGGUUUCAAUUUCAACAAGGUGGUUGGGAACUUGGUGGUGAUAAAUCUCUAUGGUUGCCCUUGCCUUAAAGCUCUUCCUGACAUGUCUGGACAUCGACAUUUGAAAAAGCUUACACUUGAGCUUUGUAUGGGACUGACUAAAAUUCAUGAGUCAAUCGGAAAUAUGAGCUCUCUUGUUCACUUGAAUCUAAGAAGAUGCUCAAAUUUGGUUGAUUUUCCAAGAGAUGUGACGGGGAUGAAAGGUCUCAGGGAGCUACUUCUAUCUGAAUGCAGAAAGUUCACAGGACUUCCCCAUGAUGUUCGUAGCAUGACAUCGUUGAUCCAACUACAUCUCGACAACACAGCAAUUUCUGAGCUGCCUGAAUAUUUAUUUCACCUAUCACAGCUUGAAGAUCUUAGUCUACAAAGUUGCUACCAGAUAACAAGGCUGCCUGAAGAGAUAGGGUCUCUUAUCUCUCUGAAAAAGUUCUCACUUUCUCAUACUAAUCUUAAAGAGUUACCUGUAUCUAUUGGAUCCAUGACAAGCCUCGAGGAAUUAAGUUUGUAUUCCUGUUCCUCGCUUACAGCCCUUCCUGAAUCAGUGGGAAGGCUCAAAUCUUUGACUGAGUUGCACCUUAAUUCUACUUCAAUCCAGGAACUUCCUUCGUCCAUUUGUGCACUAUCCUGUCUGAAAGUCUUAUCACUUGAAAUGUGUCAUUCUCUUGUCAAGCUGCCUGAUUCAGUAGCAGGAUUAGCUUCUAUUGUCGAUCUCAAGUUAACUAAUACACCGAUUAAAUCACUGCCAGAUGAUAUUGGUUGCUUAAAAUUUAUUGAGAAGCUUGAGAUGACUGGUUGUAGUUUCCUUGAAAAACUACCAGAAUCAAUCGGGAAAAUGUCAAAUCUUACCAGGCUCACUGUUGCAGGCGCCGAUUUAAUACAGCUGCCAGAGUCCAUAGGGGAGUUGGAGAAUCUUACAUGGUUAAACUUGAAUAAUUGUCAAAAGCUAUGCAGCCUACCCGAGUCUAUCGGAUCACUGGGGUCCUUGUGUGUAUUUAUGAUGGAGGAAACUGCCGUGACAUGUUUGCCGGAAAGCUUUGGGUUGCUUGGUGACUUAAGGGUAUUGAAAAUGAAGAAGUCUUCCAAUAAACUCGCAAGGCUUAGUGAACUUCCUGCUUCUUUCUGCAAGCUUUCCAAUUUGGAAGAAUUUGAUGCUCGGACUUGUGGAAUUUGUGGUCAGAUAAGUAAUGAUUUUAACAAGUUAUCCAAGCUGGAGAUUUUGAAUCUUGGAUACAAUGAUUUUCACAGCCUUCCUGUGACACUGGAGGGCCUUAGUGCUUUACAGAAGCUAUUGCUGCGCAACUGUACUGAGCUGAGGUCCCUUCCUCAACUUCCAUCAACUUUGGUAGAACUAAAUGCGGCUGAUUGUUAUGAACUAAUGUGUAUAAGUGACCUCUCAAAUCUUGAAAGAUUACAAGAAAUACAGCUUGCAAACUGCAACAAAGUUAUCGACGUUCCAGGUCUUGAAUGCUUGAAGUCUUUGAGAAGGUUGUUUAUGGGGGGCUGUAACAAAGCAAUUAAAUCAGCUGUCCGGAGAAGACUACGCAAGGCAACUUUGAGGAAUUUGAACAAUCUGAGUGUUCCGGGAAGUGAAAUUCCUGACUGGUUUUCUCAGGCUGCUGUCACUUUUGCAGCUCAUCCAAACCUUGCAAUAAAAAAUGUGAUUGUCGCUCUUGUAGUGUCUGUGGAUCCUAGAGUAUUAGAUGAGAUACGAGUUCAUCAGUAUCCUGGCAUCACUGAUAUUCAGGCUUGUAUAUUUAGACUCGGAGAACCCAUUUUCCGUACUACACUAUACUUAAUGGGAGUUCCACGCACGCAGGAAGAUCAGCUCUAUAUGUGCAGAUUCAAGGCAUAUAAUCCUUUGGUUUCUUUGUUAAAAGGAGGAGAUAUAAUAAAGGGAGAGUGGAGGAGAGGAACUGUCACCGGAAUUGAGAUCAAAAGGUGGGGAAUUCAUCUAGUUUUUGAAAAUGAUGAUGAUUUUGAUGGUGAUGAGGACUCGUUGUCAGUAGUCAAAAGCCAUCAAUCUGUAUCCCAGAGGCUACUGAACUUUUUUCGCUCCAUGGAUCAAUGAUGUCAAAAGUUCUGCAGCAGCUGUAACUUUUAAAUCAUGGAUGGUGGUAGAAUGAGUAUGUUUUCAGUAUGAUGUGAGCUUGAAGGUCUAUAUACAUGAUUAUUUCUAGAUUAUAUAAGAUAAUAUUGCGAUGAAACAUGACCGAGUAGUUCUUUAACGGUUGUUUUCAUGGAAGGUUGUGCAUGAUUUAGUAGUGUUACGCUUCUCAUUCUAUGAUCUUCCAGCAGUACUGCUUAUUUGACGCGACCUUCACUGAAAGUGUUACUAAGGAGUAUGGAGUGCUAAUGAUAUUACAAUCUGGUUUAUGAUCAGGCUAGUAUUUUGGUAUC